AAAGUGUCAACAUGCAAAAAUACAUUUGAGCGCAAAAACUGCAGUUCUUACAAAAUUUUGCGUUUAAUCUAAGAAAUGAGAAGGGAAUUCAUAUUGUUAUUGUUAGGUAUCAUUAGUGUUUCAACAUUAUCAUCGUUUCUAUCCAGUUACAUGGAACCCGUGAUCCCGGAUAAAAUCCUGUUAGACACAGUUGACGGUUUCGUUUGGGCUGGAAACUUCUCGUACUGGCAGUUGGGAUACGUUGGACCGUUAUUAAUAGAACUGACAUCGUUAAACGGCGACGCAGACCUCUACGUCUCGGAUACAAUCAGGCCGAGUUAUGAAGUUGACAAAAACAAUUUCAGCUCAGCGACGUGCGGCACAGACGUCGUCCACAUACCCAUGGAAUUCCCGAGACCUAUAGGGAUAGGAGUAUUCGGUGAUUGGUCCAGUUCAAUAUCAGAGUACGUUAUUCAAGUGUUUCUGGACGGGAACGCUGUGAUGCGUUUUACCGAGGAGCAACUGCUGGCGAUUGAGCAGUCUCAGUCGACUGGCUCGGAGAAAACUGAUAACAACCAAAGGAUCGGAGAAAAAGUUGUACCGAGGAAGAUGGACGAGGAGAAACCAAGAUUUGUAAAACUGAUCAAUAUUUUAGACAUGAUUUUUGAAAUGUUCGUCUUAUAGACCAUCGGUUAACCAUCCUUUGAGCAACGGAAUAUAUGAAACCAAUGAGUAAUGAUUGUCAGACUAAUUAAUGAAGUAAGAGACGAGAGAAUUUGUAAAAAAAAGAUGAACAUUCUC